AUGAUAACAAUUAUAGAUUAUUGGUUAUUCAUCGGUCUUACAAAUCAUUUAAUUUUAAUAUAUGAUAAUAAAGAAGAUUUAGUUGUACAAUUUGUACUAAAGAGUAUUGUUGAGAUGAAUUUACAAAAUAUUAUUUUAGAUUUUGAAUCAAUUAUUAAAAAAUCAGUACAAGUUGCUGAAAAAACUGUUGUCAAGUGA